AUACACCACAAUCAAACGUAAACCCUAAACCCGCCGCUCCUCCCCCUCUCACCUUUCUUUUCUCUCUUCUUCUUCUGCACCUACGCUGUCGCCGCCGCUGCCGCCGGUCGUGAAGAAAUAUCUCCGGUUCCGCGUCCUCAAAGAAACGCAGGCCUUCUUCUUCUGAUCUUAAUUCCUAUUUGCGCAGAGGGAUAGUAAACAACCAACCAGACAUGGUCCAGUAUAAUUUCAAGAAGAUAACUGUUGUGCCUACUGGGAAGGAGUUUGUCGACAUCAUUCUCUCUCGCACACAGCGGCGAACGCCUACCCAAGUUCACAAAGGAUAUGCCAUUUCACGGCUUCGGCAGUUUUACAUGCGCAAGGUGAAGUUUACACAGCAGAAUUUCCAUGAGAAGCUUUCUACCAUUAUUGAUGAAUUCCCCAGGCUUGAUGAUAUUCAUCCUUUCUACGGUGAUCUGCUCCAUGUUCUCUAUAACAAAGAUCACUAUAAGCUUGCUCUGGGCCAAAUCAAUACUGCAAGGAACCUGAUUGCUAAGAUUUCAAAGGACUAUGUGAAAUUAUUGAAGUAUGGAGAUACACUUUAUCGAUGCAAAUCACUCAAGGUUGCUGCUCUUGGUCGAAUGUGUACUGUGAUAAAACGAAUUAGCCCAAGUUUGGCUUAUCUUGAGCAGAUAAGGCAGCAUAUGGCAAGGCUGCCUUCAAUUGAUCCAAAUACAAGGACGAUUUUGAUCUGUGGCUAUCCUAAUGUUGGAAAGAGCUCGUUUAUCAAUAAGAUUACCAGAGCCGAUGUUGAUGUGCAGCCAUAUGCUUUCACUACAAAAUCCUUGUUUGUUGGUCAUACUGACUAUAAAUAUUUGCGAUAUCAAGUGAUUGACACUCCGGGUAUCUUGGAUAGGCCGUUUGAGGAUCGGAAUAUUAUUGAGAUGUGCAGCAUUACUGCUCUUGCUCACCUCAGAGCUGCUGUAUUAUUCUUCCUUGAUAUUUCAGGUUCUUGUGGUUAUAGCAUUGCACAGCAGGCAGCUCUUUUCCACAGCAUCAAGUCGUUAUUUAUGAAUAAGCCUUUGAUUAUUGUCUGCAAUAAGACUGAUUUGCAGCCACUGGACGAGAUCUCUGAAGAUGAUAUGAAAUUGGUAAUGGAGAUGAAGGCUGAAGCCAUAAAAACUGCCAUUGGUCAAGGGGGUGAAGCAAGCGAUGAUGGUAGUGUACUCUUGACUAUGAGUGCUUUGACUGAGGAUGGUGUAAUUUCUGUGAAGAACGCUGCUUGUGAGAGGUUGUUAAAUCAGAGGGUUGAAUUGAAAAUGAAGUCGAAAAAAUUGAAUGACUGCCUGAACCGCUUUCACGUGGCCAUGCCUAAGCCCCGAGAUCAGAAGGAACGUCCAGCUUGUAUACCUCAGGCUGUUCUGGAGGCGAGAGCUAAUAAUGUUGGUGAAACUGCUGAGAAAGAGAAGAGGAAGCUUGAAAGGGAUCUCGAAAAUGAGAAUGGAGGGGCGGGAGUAUACUCGGCUAGCUUGAAGAAGAAUUACAUCUUAGCUAAUGAUGAAUGGAAGGAAGAUGUGAUUCCAGAAAUUCUUGACGGGCACAAUGUGUAUGACUUCAUGGACCCUGAUAUCUUAUUGAGGCUCGAGGAGUUGGAGCGCGAAGAAGGUGCACUCCAGGGGCUUGACGCAGAUGAUUAUUUCGAGAUGGAUGGUGCUGAGCUGCCUCCUGAGCAACAGGCUGCGCUUGCUGAGAUCAGGAAGAAAAAAAGUUUGCUUAUUCAACAACAUAGAAUCAAAAAGAGUACUGCCGAGAGCCGGCCAACUGUUCCAAGAAAAUUUGAUAAAGACAAGAAAUAUACAACAAAAAGAAUGGGGAGGCAAUUAUCAGCCUUGGGCCUUGAUCCAAGUCUAGCAAUUAACCGUGCUCGCAGCAAGUCUCGGGGGAGAAAGAGGGAGAGAUCUCCUGAAAGAGGAAACAACGAUGGCUUUGAUUCCAUGGAAGUGGAUGGGGACCAACCGAAUAAGAGGCUUCGGCUCAGAUCAAGAUCUUCCUCCAGGGCAAGAUCCAAGUCACUGGCGCCAGCGGAAGCUGUCCCCGGAGAUGGGUUCAAAGACACUGCCCAGAAAAAGAAGGCCAUCAAACUGGCGAAAAGCUCUAGCAAGAAGAGGAACAAGGAUGCUCGUAGAGGAGAGGCUGAUAGGGUCAUUCCUUCGCUCAAGCCGAAGCACCUGUUCUCUGGAAAGAGGUCGACAGGGAAAACCGACAGGCGCUAAGGCCCUUUUUGUCUUUGAAGGAGAGUGUUUUUAUUUAGUUUCUGAUAAAGUUGCCGCAAUUUAUUAUAUUCAACUGAGUUUUGGGAACAUUUCAAGUGCUUUUAGUUUCAACUCUUCAUUGUUGUUUAAUUAAAAUGAGUGCCUUUUGUUCUACAGAUUUCGUUACAUUCAUCCUCUAUUCACGAUUAUUUGUUAUUAUACUUAUGAAGUAGAAGAGUAUUUAAUUUGUUAUUGUUGCUGAAUCAUUAUACUAGAAAGGGACUGAUUAAAUGACUGCGGCUGGCCGAGCUGGUUGGUUCGAGUAAUACCUCCCAGUAAGUUGAAACAGCUGCAUAUAUCAAAAUAUUGGUGUUGCUAACCAGCUCUACCCGAUUGAGUCUGAGACGGGUUAGAUAGAUGCAACCAUACAUUCAUUCCCAAAUGCUCGUCUGUGGUAGGUAUCCUUUUGUAGUGUUUAUUUCCAGCUUGAUGUGUUUAUUCAUGUGUAGUUAAGUUAGAAAAUACCUCCCGGUAUGUUGAAACGGCUGCAAAUAUAAGAAUUUUGGUGUUGCUAAGACCACGGGGCGGGGUUAUAUAAAUGCUACCGGGGGUUGAGAUAUUUUAGUUAUUUAGUUGUUUUAGAUUUGGUUUUAUCUGUCCUGCCUAUUUAUAGAUACUCCGAUUUUUAUUAUGAAUACUUUCCAAGAAAACCAAGUCAGUACAUAUAUGGAACAACCUUGGACAAUUAAGAAAAGCUUCAUAGGGUUAACUAUUUGAAGAACUGAACUUGACAUUCUGGUUUUGAAGGAUUACAAAAGCAUUUGAUAGCAUUGCCUCUACAUGUUCUUAGGGGAUGGGAUCACACCCCCCCCCCCCCCCCCCCCCCCCCCCCCAACCCCAUUUAAUAUAUAUACAUACAGUGUAUGUGAGAGGGGGGUGGGGUGCUGGUGAUCCCCUCCCAUAUUCUUAGACUUAUGGUUUGGUGUUUCUAUCAUUUCUUGGGAAAGCAUUUUGGUUAAAUUAAUUUUCACAUGAAAUAUUUUAUCUUUUCAGUAUGAUUUUGAUAGAUUUCUUCUUUAAAAAGACAAAAUAGAAAUAAUAGGAAAUAUAAUUUAUUAAAAUAUAGCUUUUAAUUUUUAAAAUAGUUAGACAUAUAUUUUAAAAAAUUUUAAUCAUAUAUGGUGGAUUAUACAUUAAAUAUUGACUAAUUAAAUUAUUUCUUAUAGAACUUUAAACUUACACCAGUAAUCAUAUACACUUCUCUAUAUAAUUUUGGGUGUUUCGAAUAUUUUCAUAUAUUUAAUUUAAAAUAAUACAAUACAUUUUUAAUUAAAUAUAUAUAUUUCUUUUUAAUCAAAUUUAAAUUAAUUUUUUUUUUUUGUAACUAAAAAAAAAAUAGAAAUAAACCCGUAAUACUUGGGACUCGGCUUUUAAAGGACAACACAGCGUCAGUUAGUCAGUCAGUCAUAUCCAAACUCAGAAGAAAUCAGAAGAGCCCUAAAUUAGAUAUCGUCGGUUUCGGUGUCGCCUCCCCACUAAAAACCCUAACCCUAAUUGUAUCUAUGCAAUAUACAUACAGAGGAGGCUUAGUUUUGAUUGAAGGCGAUUUGUGAGGGGUGCGACACUAGGCAAAUCUGAAGCCUACGGAUCUCUCUCUAAGGUAUGGUUUGCUUUGUGAAUUGGAUUUGGUUUCGUCAAAAUUUCGAGGCUCAACCAUCUUCUUCUUUGCUGAUUUAUGUCUCGACCGCUGUUUCGCGGUAUAAAUAAUAGAAAUUGAUGGUUUAUGUAAAGAUGCAUAAAUCAAUUUUUCUAUUAAUGCAAAAAUUUGAUCAUGAAUUACCACACAAUUUAGAAUGAUUCAAAUAUUUGAGUUGCAGUGUAAUUUGGAUGGUGUAAUGAAAAUAUUUGUUGAAAUGUACAGGAAUAUUAUAUUUUGAAUGUAAGAAUAUCAGAAUAUUCAUUGUUCUUUUAAAGUGUUUAACUGAAUAUACAUUGAUGGAGAUGUUUAAUUUUAUAUUUUGUAUGAUUUCAUUCGUGUCAUGACUGUUGGACCUUUCAAUCCACCCUUCCUAAAUCCUAGCUAUAUAUGUGCAUGGUUGUACCUUAAAUCUUUUAUAUAUUUGGUUAUAUUUUCCUUGGA